AUGAACACUGCAAUGCCGGAUGUCGAUUGGCAGAAUCGCAUGUACGCCGGCCUAACGCUAGUGAAUGAUCGAGUGGCCGUGUUGGAGGAAGUUGUUAUUGGCCGGCGUACAAUAACGGCUUACACGAGGACAUUAGAUGCAACGGCCGGCACGAAGACGUCAGACGCAGUUGUGUGCCCUUUACUGUUGUACAUGUCGCGCAUGGACAAUUUUGAACUAUUUGAGCGGAAGCUGCAGGACCUUGAUUUUUGGCAGCGGGCGGUUGUAUACUUACAGAUGCAGGGCGGGAAAGCACCCCGUGUGUUUGUCGAACGAAUGACCAACCUCCUCUUCGACAAACGCCUGAUGGCCAAAUUUAGUACCAGCGGACGCAUAACAAGAAGAACUUUUGUGAAAUUAAGGCAUAUGAGUUGCUCCAAGGUAUGUAUCUAA